UGUAAACAUUUUUAUUUUUGUAAUAUUUAGCGUGUGUCUUAAUCAUAUUGAAGCUAUAGCAGCAGCAAAAAAAAGAUGAUUAUUUUGAUGUUGAUAUUGACGGUUUCUUCCGUGACAGCAGAUAUUGGAUAUUUCUGGCACGUGACAGAUUUCCACUGGGAUCAUACUUACAUGAGUGAGGACCUUUCAUGUAAUGACGUCGUGGAAACCUAUGGUCUAUAUGGAGAUUAUUGGUGUGAUGCCCCAUGGAAACUUGUGAAUGACAGUGUUGAAGCAAUGAAGGCACUAAAACCUGAUCCAGACUUCAUAUUGUGGACAGGAGACAAUACUCCCCAUACAAGUGACGAUAACGUUAAUUUUGAAAUCCAUGAUGCAAUAUUGGGAAACAUUACAAAUCUACUCAAAGAUGUGUUUACGACUGUUCCCGUGUAUGCCACAUUCGGGAACCAUGACUACUUUCCUCAUAACCAGUUCCCAGAGAAUGGUAAUUUGUUGUACAACAGGUCUUAUGAUAGAUGGAAAAGCUGGAUUGGUGAAGAAAGCAUGAAUACUUUUCUUCGAGGUGGGUAUUAUACACUAAAGACUGCAACCGGUAUGAGAAUAGUUGGACUGAAUACAAAUCUUUAUUAUACUUCUAACAAACAAACUGGUACCACAGAAGAUCCCGCCGGUCAGUUUGCCUGGUUAGAACAAGUACUAGACGCAGCUAAGGUUGCCAAUGAGAAGGUUCUAGUAACAGCACAUGUACCACCGGGUGUUAAUCCGACUCCUAAUAGAGUCCCUUGGAUGUACCCACAGUAUAAUUCCAAACUGAACGACAUAUUCAUCAACUAUACAGAACAGAUUGUUGGGAUGCAUUUUGGACAUGAACAUUCUGAUAAUUUUCGAAUCUACCAUGACGACGCAGGUGUUGGUGUACUUGCACAGUUUUGUGCGCCUUCUAUAACGCCUUGGAGGUAUAAAUUUGCUGGUAGAACAGGACCCGCUCACAAUCCAAGUUUCAGGCUUCUAAAAUACGACCGAUCGAAUGGGAACUUGCUAGACUUUACACAGUAUUACAUGGAUUUACCAGAAGUCAACAAGAACAAUCAAUCUGAAUGGAAAAUCGAGUAUAAUGCCACCACGGCCUAUGGGUUGGUUGACCUCUCUCCUGCGUCGAUGGCACAGCUUGUUGCCCGGAUGAAGACUCAGAAGAACCACGAAUUUCAAUCUUUCCGUAAAUUCUGGACAGUUAGUGUAAAUGAGAAUUAUGAAGAAUCAUGCGAUGAAAAAUGCCAUGCUGGUUUUUAUUGCAAUUCUAGACAUUUGGAAAAAGACAGUUUUGAAAACUGCUUUAAUGGUCUCACAACUUCGGCAGCACCGUUUCCACAAAAUUAUAAUGGCUUCACAUUCAGUUUCCUCGUAAUUUGUUCAACAUUUAUCACACAGUUUGUUUAAAUUAAAUGCUUUCUUUUUUACCAAAAAUUGAUGAAAAAAAAAUAAUUGAUCUUCCAGCAGCUAGAUCGUGUACAAAAACUUAGUUUAAACCUUUCGUAAUUAAAACAAAUACAAUAUGUCACGUAUAACUUUGUACCAUCUUUUAUAUUUUUGUGACGAUUUUCGGUCAACAUAAUUGGUUGUGGCCUUAUAACUGCAUGGUAUCUUGAUAUUUUUGCAACUCUGUAAUUAUUGUACAAGUUCUCUCUAAAGAAGUAGAAAUCCUAUUAAGGAUACACAUUGAACUGUACCCCCGAAAACUCCAACAAAAACCCGAUAAGACCGUUACCAUUCUACACUUUAGCACAGUAUGUGUCUGCAAAUACGGCUAUAAGACAAUAACAAUCAAAACCAAGAAGUAAACAAAGACUCAUAAAACCAAAAGACAUUUACAUCAACAGUUACAAAUAAUAAAUAACUUAUUGGCGA